ACUUCGUAAUCUCGCCCAAUGCCACCUCAAUGAAAGCAGAACAUGAAAAAAAAAAUAAAAUAAUGGAAAAAAAAAAGUUGCAGCUGUGCCGAUGAUCAUGAAAUGUAAUGGAUCCGAUGUCAUUGGGUGUUCUCCCAUUCCUUUCCGUUUUAUUACUACAUUUGGUUUGAUCUUCGUCUUCAACCCGUUUCCCAACAACCAACCGGCACGAGCUUCGAGAAGAGGGUUUCAUGGCGGCCCCGCCCAGGUUGCUCACAGUGGCGCACGACGGCUGUGCAGAUUUCCGCACUGUUCAGGAAGCAAUAGACGCGGUUCCAUUCAGCAAUACUUGCCGCACUAUAAUCCGUGUGUCUCCUGGGAUUUACAGGCAGCCUCUGUAUGUUCCCAAGACCAAGAAUUUCAUCACUUUCGCCGGUUUGAACCCUGAGACUACUAUUCUCACUUGGGACAAUACUGCCACCAAAAUUAGCCACCACCAAGCUUCUCGUGUUAUUGGAACUGGGACUUUUGGUUGUGGGACUACAAUUGUGGAAGGAGAGGAUUUUAUUGCUGAGAAUAUCACGUUUGAGAAUUCUUCCCCUCAAGGUUCUGGGCAAGCUGUGGCUAUCAGAGUUACAGCAGAUCGUUGUGCCUUUUACAAUUGCAGGUUUCUCGGCUGGCAGGAUACUCUUUACCUACAUCAUGGAAGACAGUAUUUGAAGGAUUGCUAUAUUGAAGGAAGUGUGGACUUCAUAUUUGGCAACAGCACUGCUCUGUUGGAGCAUUGUCAUAUCCACUGCAAGUCGCAAGGCUUUAUUACUGCACAGAGCAGGAAAUCUUCUCAAGAGACGACAGGUUAUGUGUUCUUGAGGUGUGUGAUCACAGGCAGUGGCGAGACUUCGUAUGUUAAUCUCGGGCGACCAUGGGGACCGUUUGCAAGGGUGGUCUUUGCUUACACAUACAUGGAUGCAUGUAUCAAACCAACAGGCUGGGACAACUGGGGGAAAACUGAAAACGAGAGAACUGCUUGCUUCUACGAGUACAAGUGUUUUGGGCCAGGGAGUUGCUCAAUGAAACGGGUGUGUUGGGCAAGAGAAUUAGUAGAUGAAGAAGCUGAUGAGUUCAUUCUGCAUCGAUUUAUCGAUCCUGACAUCGAGAAGCCUUGGCUAUGCCUGAGGAUGGCACUGAGGCUUCCAUUUUCUGCUUGAGAAUGGGAUCAUGUUGAAGCUUUCAAAAUAAAAAUCAGAAAAAAUCUAAAGGUUUGGAAGUAAUCCACCAGUAGAAAAGUAGUCUCGAAAUCCUGAACAUUUUGUUGGUUGCUGGUGGCUUAGAGAAAGGAAAACCGAUACUAUAUGGUGGCAUAGGGUUUCCUUCUUCUAUCCACUAGUUUUUCACAGCACUAUAUUUAUCUUUAUUUAUAUUAUCAAAUUUGUAUUUUAAUCUCAGUGUUUAACAUGAAAUUUCAUUUUCAGUAUGGUUAAGUAUUUCUUGGAUAGAAAGUGAGCUUAAAUCAACUGUAUGUUUUUGACAACUAAGAAGACAUAGAAGACAUAGAAGACGUAUGUAUUAUGUGGUUCGAAUA